AUGAUGAUGAUGAUACUAUCUCUUUCAUUACUAUUUAUCACUGCUUUGGAUGAUGAUGAUGAUUUGGAUGAUGAUGAUGAUGAUGCUUUGGAUGAUGUUGAUGAUGAUGAUGCUUUUGAUGAUGAUGAUCCUUUGGAUGAUGAUGAUGAUGCUUUGGAUGAUGUUGAUGCUUUGGAUGAUGAUGAUGAUGAUGAUGCUUUUGAUGAUGAUGAUGCUUUGGAUGAUGAUGAUGAUGCUUUGGAUGUUGAUGAUGCUUUGGAUGAUGAUGAUGAUGAUGAUGCUUUGGAUGAUGAUGAUGAUGCUUGGAUGUUGAUGAUGAGUGUGAAAUAG